CAAAUGGAAAAAACCAGAUCCAUAUAUAGGUGCAUUAACCGGUGGGGGGGGAUGUUCAACAAUAAAGUUCUACUCCAUAUAUCGAAUAGUUUUAUCUGAUUAAAACCUCUGGUUGCCCAAAAGAAGCAGAGCUACUAAUUAAUAAGGCCUCUGCUCUGCUAAUCUCUGCUCUUAAGUUUCUAAGCCCUUUACACACACACACAGAUGGAGAUGAAGGCCCUGCGGAAUUCACUUGCGUAUUGUGUCAAGGAGAAGAAGCCUUGCGUUGGGUGGGUUGACAAGUAUUUCAAAGAUUGCCUCUGCAACCUCAAGGAUGAAUUUUCUUUCGCUUUUGGGCUCGUCAGUCUCACUUGUUGGGGCGUGGCGGAAAUCCCACAGAUCAUCACCAACUUCCGCUCCAAGUCCAGCCAUGGCGUCUCUCUUUUGUUUCUCCUCACUUGGGUUGCCGGUGAUAUCUUCAACCUAGUAGGUUGCCUCCUUGAGCCUGCAACAUUGCCUACUCAGCUCUACACAGCUCUGCUGCACCUUGCACUAUUUUUACCAUUACAGCUCUACACGGCAAGCACUGUAGUACUGGUGCUGCAAGGCCUUUACUAUGAUCACUUCUACACCUGGUGGAAAUGCCGUCAUGCUGAAAAAAACCUACGGAUUGAAGAUGUGAAAAAACCAUUGAAGCCAUCAGCACCCGCGGAUUCUGGAAUCCCAAUUCCAGUUGGCACCCCAAAAGCGAAGCCCCAAAGGGAAUAUUACUACACGUCCGCAAGAUCUCUGGCAAGGAGCAGCACGCCGCCCACUUGGUCUUAUUUAGGAACAGCAAGAAGUGGUCCUUCGGCUAUGGAGCUUCCGGGUGACUCAUCAUCAGAUGAUGAGUCUAUCCAGUCGUACUCCAAGAAACCAAUCACCGUACCUAAAUCAAUUCCAAGAUCUGCUGGCUAUGGAGCAUUUCUUGGUGCAUCAGUAGGCUUGCCUCCAGGGAGCAAGGCCUUCAAGGAAGGAGUGUACGUGGGAUUAAGUGGGAGGAGACUCUUACAAGAACAUGGAAUGGAGGAGAGUGCGUAUGGGCAAUACUUGGGAUGGAUGAUGGCUGCCAUAUACAUGGGAAGUCGAAUCCCUCAGAUUUGGCUCAAUAUUAAACGAGGGAACGUGGAGGGAUUGAAUCCGCUCAUGUUCGUCUUCGCAUUCAUUGCAAAUGCCACUUAUGUCGCAAGCAUUGUUGUAAGGACCACAGAAAGGCACAAAAUCAAAGCCAACAUGCCCUGGUUGCUGGAUGCUGCAGUCUGCGUGGCGCUUGAUCUCUUUAUCAUACUGCAAUACAUCUACUACAGAUACAUCCGAAGUGGGGGAGAGGCGCAAGGGGACUACUUGGAAGCAAAUAAGGCUCCUUAAUUGUCUCGACUACUCAUUGGGUUUAUUUUUAGGAAUUAAUUCUGCAUUUGUGUUAACAAAUAAUAUAUAUAUAUAUAUAUAUAGAGAGAGAGAGAGAGAGAGAGCUGUUGAUGUAUCUUCACAAAACUAGUGUUCAUCAUUAAUUUGCUCUUUUCAUCAA